AAACUUGGUGCGAGACAAGAGCUACAGAAGGGUACAUAGCAUUUUGCAGCCGCCAUAGAUAAACAAAUUACCUAAGUUCGUAGAUUAGUCGAGUAGUCAAUUUCCCCCGUGUGAAUACAAACCAAAUUUCAAAAGUUCUCAGGCCGCAGGAUGUACGGUUAUGAGUAAUUUUGCCUGGCUUGCGAGACCGAUACUGCGGAAGAAGAGGAAUGUCCUUUACUGGCUAUCGUAACUAUCCGUUUCGGUUGAGAAGCUGUGUGCAUGAAGGCUGCGCUAGCGCUCAGAGUGCUACACGAUGCGUUGAAUACCGUUCUGGCGUCACAUAGAGAGGCAUAGGGUAGAGGCGUCGCUCACAUAGCUCGUUAGAUACCAGCUCAACCCUAGUACGAACACCAAGGCAGAGGGUUCGUGAGCUCAGUGUCCAACAACACUUGCUCACCUUAACUUGCAUGUGCCGAGCACUGCAGUAGAAUACCAGCAUCUAGGAUGACCCUUCUUUCCAAGUCCAAAGCCAUCUUUGUGAGGUUGCUCUUCGGGGCGCAUGGGACCUUAGCCGUGGUGGCUCUGGUGAACAUCACGGGCUUCCAGUGGUUCUUCCUGGCGGAAUGUCUGGUGGCGGUGUCCCUCCUCGAGACUUUCGUCACGCUGAAAGUGAACAAGCACGCUGAGUGGAAAUGGUUUCUGCCGAGCGUGUUCCUCUACUUGCUCUGGAUCGUCCCUCCCAUUGUACUCUUGGAAUCCUACGCCAUGGACUAUCGCCACUUCCGGCUAGACUUGUCCGACACCGGACGCUGUUUUGUCGACUUCAACGACGCUUGUGUCAGUCAGAAUGGUAGUGUUAUCUACGUGGAGGACGGCGGGGACGAUCUGUCGAACGGAGUACUCGACCAGACGACGUACGACUACGCCCGACAUUACGCACUCGUAUUCCAACAAACGAUGAUGCUAGUCCUCAUCGGCGGACGUUGGCUGGGUCCAAAGGGCGCCCUCACUCGCGAUCAACUGUCGCAGCUCCUGCUGGCCCUGACCGGCAUGGCAGCCGACAUGUUGGAGUUUGUGACGGAGACGGUCAAGCUGGAAGAGACGGCCUGCAACUACCUCCUGAUCUACAUCAUCCUGGGUAUCUGGGCAUGGAGUCUGCUACAAUUCACCCUGGGGUUGACGGCCACCAAACAGAAGAAAUCCCGCGUUGUCGGGCCAAGCCCGUCCAUCAAUCCCAUCACCAGCAUCGCCACCUGCUGCGAGACGGAGAUGUGGGCGCUGAUGGUCAGUGUUAUCAUGCAGGACGGGCCCUAUCUGACCAUGAGACUCUACAUCAUGUUUACCGUCCAGAAUUUCGGCCAGACAAUGAUAUUCUUUACGGCCAAAAAUGGCAUCUUAUUCUUGCUCCAGGUGUACAGGUUGUAUGUGGUGAUCAUUGAGAGACGUAGGGCGGGGAGGAAGGGCCGGGGGCGAGAAGCAGGUAGCGAGGAUGAAGACGAAGAAGGUGUCUUUGAGAUAGAGGAGGCAAGAACGCCCACCACACCUGUUGAUGAGUUCUAAAGCUUUGGAGUAGAGAAUACAUGUACGUCGGAUGAAAUUCAUGAUGCAGUGAUUGUGAUGUGAAGGCACCAGCGGUUUUAGUGGAGAUGAUUAGGGUGGUGAUGUGGUGAAAGGGGCGAAAAGGUGAUGGUGUCGUCAUGGUAGCAGACCAGUAAAUAAACUUCCAUAGACCCCA